UGUAAGGUUAAGAAAGACAUGCACAAUAUUCGGAAGUAGCAGGCAACAUUUGGUGCUAUUUAUUUUUACAACCCAAGAUGGACAACAGUAGAGGUAUUCAUCAGCUAAACAUAGUGUUAGUUGGUCGGUCAGGGAAUGGGAAGACGUCAACAAUUCAGUCGCUGCUCGCUUCACAAAAAUCUAAGACAGAUCUAGGGCGCAUAGUCAAGUAUGAAGGCGUGAUGAACAACGUUAAAAUCCUCGCUCUUGAAUGCAAGUAUGUUGGAGAUUCUGGUGACGAUCUGCCCGAGUCCUUUAAUGUGGAAGAGUCUGCGAGUGAAGUUCUACAGUUGUGUAAUAAUUCAUGCCAUGUUUUUGUUUUUGUGUUGAGGUACGGCGUAAGGUUCACACAACAAGAGAAGGACGCAGUGGUGAUGGUGAAGAGGGUGUUUGGCCAGAGUGUUUUGAAGAAUUAUGGGAUAGUUGUGUUAACCUACGGUGACAACUUUACAGACAAUGGUGAAAGUAACUUUGAAGAUUGGUUAAAAGAUCAACGCGGGGGUUUUCGAGAUUUGCUUAGAGAAGUAAAUGACAGAUGUGUUUUAUUCGAUAAUAAACUUAGUGGCAACAUGAUGGACGUCGUGAAAAAGGAGCAAGCUAGAAAAUUGCAAGAUAUAAUUACUAAAUUAUGCACCACAAAAGGCUACAUACCAUAUAACGAAAAUCUCCUACAAAAUGAGAAGCUAAGGCAGAAGGCUGAACACCUUAUAAAUGGGGCUGAUGAAAAGUUAGCCUUGAGUUCUAAAGGACCAAGUAAAAAUGGUGCAAGCAAUGAUGAUAUGAGACAACAACUUGAAAGUAUCUGGGACGAAAUUGAACAGUUGUUGGAUGAAGUCAGACAGAAACCCGGGUUCACCCACGUGAUUCAAAGUUUGGAAGAGAAGCGGAGGCAGGUGUGUGAGAGAAGAGAGAUGUUUACAACUCGCAAAUCUUAUUAUUGGUGUCUUCGAUGGUGUAGCUGUUGUUGCAGAUGUUGCAGCUGUUGCAGCUGUUGCCUCCGUUUUCAGUGACACAUACUUUAUUUUCUAGUUUCAACAAUUGUAUCCUAUUGUGUAAAAUUACCAUUUACAGAGAAUAGCAUGUCAUGUUAUUUGGGUAAUACAUGCGAAACGUUAUCUAUCGUUCUAAUUUUAGUAUCAUAACAAUGCAUUCGCCAUAAUUAUACAUUAAACCUCUAAAGCUCACCUAAGAAUGCUGAUUUUGUUACCUUCAAAAUAUCCUUAUAAAUAUUAUGUAUUUUAUACAAAAAGUUACACUUGUAUUUGCAUGCUGAAUUUUAAAUAAAAUAAUAUUUCCUAUCCUUUCUUGGAUGUUUAAUCGUUUUAUUUUGUAAACGCAUAUUGAACAUUUGAUUGCCAUAACUUUUCAAAAUAAAUUGAAAACAUAAUUUAAUUAUUUUUGCUACUAAAGGUAAAAUUCUAUUAACACAUAAAUAAAAACGCAACUUAUUAUACACAGUAAUAUAAGUUCUU